UCGAACGAUUGUCUCUUCGGAGACAUCCGAUAAAAUUGGAACGAUACAGAGAAGAUUAGCAUGGCCCCUGCGCAAGGAUGACACGCACAAAUCGAGAAAUGGUCCAAAUUUUUUUUCCUUUCUCGCGGUUGUCUUCCUGGAUUCUGUGAUGAAGCUUUCAUAAGCUACGUUUUGCCGCCUUUGGGAAUGAAAGGGGAUGGGGCGCGAAGGAGAUGAAGAAGCAGAAGGGAAGGUGGAAGGCGAGGGGACGACGUCGUUGUUCCCGCUUGCUUCUGUCUUCCCCGUCUCCGGCGAUCGAUCGUCCUCGGGUGAUAGCAAGCCUCAGUGGCUCUACAACCCGAGCUUCUCUUUUGACGUUUCCAAGAUACAUGACUCCGUCGGCGCCGUCGCUUACGAGCCAGGGCCAGGAAGCGACGAGGAGAAGCGUGUCGAGGUUCGCGAGCGUCCUUCCUAUGAUAUCUUGGAGUCUCCGUCCUCGUCUGAAGCCGAGUAUAGGGAGAGGCGGAGGAGGAAGAAGGGCAAGAAACGCAGAAGAUCGCAUGAAGGGGUUAAAGAUGUAACAAGGAAAUCCAAGGUUCAGGCGUGGGCGGGUUUGGGCGGGAAGCAGGACAAGGAUUAUUACUUCGAUGUCCGUGGCGACCGAGACAAUCUCGCUUUCGGAUGCCUUUAUAGAAUGGAUAUUGCACGGUUCAGGCGUCAUGAACUCUUAAAUUGGUCUGAUCGUGUUGUACCUUCAAAGUCUUUUAGAUGGGAUUUAUCAUUGUACUCAGAAGGAGAUGCUAAUGGCAUGGACAACAAGGCAAAAUUUGAAGGACGUUAUUAUUCUAUAAAAUAUGCUGCCUUGGAAAGACAUAAACAAUUGAAACACAUACUUUUUUUGCGGCAAAAGAGAUCCUACAUAAAUCCUGAGGAGUUCAUCCCUCUGACUGAUGUGUCAACUAGUGAUACAAGUAUCAUUGGAAUGAAAUUGGGCCCAGAAGUCCAGGAAUCCUGGGAGGAUCAGGUGAUACGUAAAACAAAGGAAUUCAACAAACUGACUAGGGAUUUCCCACAUGAUGAGAAGGCAUGGAUAGCUUUUGCAGAGUACCAGGACAAGAUUGCUAAUAUGCAAUCAACAAAAGGGGCUCGCAUCCAAGCACUUGAAAAGAAAAUUAGUAUUCUCGAAAAAGCGGCACAGCUGAAUCCAGAUAAUGAAGAACUAUUACUUUAUCUCAUGAAGGCCUAUGGAAGUCGCGAUGGUGGUUCAGUCCUUGUUGAACGAUGGGAAAAAAUACUUAUGCAGCAUCCAGGUAGCUGCAAGCUGUGGAAAGAGUUUCUGUGUUCCUGUCAAAGUGAAUUUUCAAGAUUUAAAACUUCUGAGAUGAGGAAAAUGUAUGCUCAUGCUAUCCGGGCUCUAUCUGCUACAUCUAUGAAGCUGUGUAGGCAGGCCCAUCAAGUUGGUAAGGUUCCCAACAGUGUUACUGAACUUGUUCAAAUUGAGCAAGGGCUUGUUGACAUAUUUGUGAAUCUAUGUCGAUUUGAGUGGCAAACUGGCCAUCAAGAGUUGGCAACAGGAUUAUUUCAAGCUGAAGUAGAUUACAGUUUAUUUUGUCCUUCUCUGCUUCUGAGUGAGCAGACUAAGCUGCGACUGUUUGAGCACUUUUGGAAUGGUGAUGGUGCAAGGCUAGGCGAAGAUGGGGCAGUUGGAUGGGAAUGGGUGGAGAAGGAGGAGGAGAACAGGCAGAAAGCGGCAAUGUUGGAAGAAUCCAUUCAGGAAUCUGAACAAGGUGGAUGGACUGGCUGGUCAGAACCAAAAAUGAAGAAAUCAGAGAUUAGUGAAAGCCCACAUGAGGUGCUUGAAAAUGCACCAGAUGAUGAUAAUGAUGCUGUUCAGGAUCCUGAUUCAGAUGAUGUGCCACAAGAUGAAGAAGAUCUAUCAGCAUUGCUGGAAAAAGUUGGUAUAGACAUUAAAACUGAAGCAGACACAGAUGUCACAGAUGUCACUAUCUGGAAAAAAUGGUCAGAGGAGGAGGCUUUGCGAGAUGCUGAGCAAUGGAUGCCUUUACGUGAAAAUGCGGAAACGAAUGGUGAAGAACAACUUUCAAGGGUCAUUGCAUUUGAAGAUGUUGGGGAAUAUCUUUUCUCUCUGGUUUCUGAUGAUGCUCGUCUAAGUUUAAUAUUUCGGCUCGUUGAUUUCUUUGAUGGACCAAUUGCACUUUGGACUUCUACUAAUAGUCCUACUUGGAUGGAAAAAAUUCGCAGCUUCGAAAUGCUUCCUAAAUCUACUCUGAAGGAAUUGUGGGAUGUCCACGACCUCAUGGAUCAUAACAAGGGAAACUGCAGUAAUUUAUAUUUGGAGUGCCUUUUUGACAGCACAAAAGAUGCAAGUAAAAGAUCUGGUGUUAUGAAAUUUCUUCAGAAUGCAAUGUUGCUUCUCCUGAAAAUGUUUCCUCGUAAUCAUAUCUUGGAAGAAGUAGCUUUAAAAUCCAAUGUGCUAUUUGAAACAAGAACAACUCCGUCAGUUAAUGUAAUAACACCUUGUCGUGGUUUAGCAAAAUCUCUAUUGAAGAAUGAUCGCCAGGAUUUAUUGCUGUGUGGAGUUUAUGCACGAUGUGAGGCUGCUUUUGGAUGUAACGAUAUUGCAAGAAAGGUGUUUGAUAUGGCACUUUCUUCUAUUGAUGGACUUCCAUUGGAUCUUCAGGUGAAUGCAACCUUUCUGUACUUGUGGUAUGCUGAAAUGGAGCUUGGCAACCUUACUUCUGUAAGCACCUCUAGUCCUUGUUUGGAACGUGCAGUGCACAUUCUGACCUGCUUGGGCACUGGUGCAAAGUACUCUCCAUUCAAAUGUGAGGUUCCAAGUACACAGUUGCUGAGAGCACACCAAGGAUUUAAAGAUAAAAUAAGAGCCUUGAGGUCCUCCUGGGCCCGUGGAGAUGUUAGAGAUCACUCUGUUGCUCUUGUAUCCUCAGCAGCCCUAUUUGAAGAGCUGACUGCAGGGUGGUCAUCUGCCAGAGGAGUAUUUGAGGAUGCAUUUUCUAUGGUCCUUCCAGAAAGGAGGAGCCAGAGUCAUCAGCUUGAGUCUCUAUUUGUAUAUUACAUUGCUAUGUUGCUGAGGAAUCUGAAGCAGGCAACACUCUCAAGGUCAUGGGAAACUAUUUUGCAGGGAUUGCAUUUGUACCCUUACAAUCCAACAAUUUUUGCAGCUUUCCUUAAGGUUGGAUCACUUUAUACUGUGCCUAACAAGAUUCGGCGUAUUCUGGAUGAUUAUUGUCAGAAGAGACCCUCUGUUGUCACCUGGCUUUCUACUUUUCUUAAUGAGCUGGGGAAGGAAGGUUCACAGCACAGAAUUCAUGGAUUGUUUGAGAAAGCAUUGGGAAGUGAUGCAUUGCAAAAAUCAGUGAUGCUUUGGCGCUGUUACCUCGCAUAUGAACUUCAUAUGUGUAAUCCUGCUGCAGCUAAACGUGUCUUCUUUCGAGCUAUUCAUGCAUGUCCAUGGUCUAAAAAGUUAUGGCUGGACGGGUUCCAGAGAUUAAGUGCCUUCUUGACUGCCAAGGAACUAGCUGACCUCCAGGAAGUAAUGCGUGAUAAAGAACUUAACCUGAGGACAGACAUUUAUGAGAUUCUAUUACAAGAUGAGAUUAGCUCGUGAAACUUGACGGCACUUUUUCUGACUCCUGAGCUCUGUACACUUGUAGAAUGAAAUGAUGUAUGCUCUGUAAAAUAUAACGAGUAGUCCAUAUAUAUUUUCUUGCAUGGAUAAUAUAUCCAAUGCAGGCGAGCUUGCCAAUUUUGCUGAGCCUCAUUUAAUUGCACUGUCUGGAUGGAGGGAAAAGGGAUAAAAAAAAGAAAGAAAGAGAAGGGAAAGAAGAAAGAAGGAAAAGGUUCGUCCCAAUCUCUCCGUUUUUUGAGGAAUUCAAAAAUACAUUAAGAAAUAGUUUCUUUUUUUUUUCCUUUCAUUUCUUUUUCUUUCAUUUUCUUUCCUUUGCAUCCAAACAUAGUUUUUAGUUUUUUUUAUUCUUUUCAUUCAUAUUAACUAGUCAUCCAAACACGGGAAAGGCUUUUCUUUCCAUUCCAUUCUUUCCCUCUCCCUCCAUCCAAUGAAAAAUUUCAGUAAAACCUUUAAGCUAAGGCGGACACUUGUCAAAAGGAGAAAGCAUCAACUACAAGCCAGUGCUAGGUCAUGGACAGGGACCUUGGCACGGAAAAAUUCUUUUGACAUUUGGCCUCUUGAAAGCUGCGGUCCAUCUGAGCCAGACCCACGACCCAUAUGAGAGGGACCGCUCAUCUGUUACGAGGUUUGCUACAAUUUUUGGUAAAUCAGUUACAGCUUGUUACAGCGAAAAGUCUAAAAGAAUUUUUCACUAAGCGCCCAGCUAGGCAUACAGAGAAUCCAAGGAAACCUGUUGUAUAAAUGCUCAGCAUCUUUUAUGUAUGUGUGUAUAAAUUAACACAUACAAAGGUCCUUUAAAGCAUCUCAAGAGGUUGAUGCAAUAGCUGAAACGAGAGUCGGUAGGUGGCAUCUUAUGACAUCAACCUCCUCUACGCUGCAAAAAAAUAAUUAGUGCAUAGCGGGGUGCUUAGCUCGAAUCACCAAAACAGCCUUGUAUUUUAAAGGAGACGAAGGUCUUCACCCAGGCAGUGAAAUUAGCUUUUCGCUCAUCUGGAGGGUUCCAUGAAGCAAACCCGUAAAAUUCCCCAAAUCUCACCAUUUGCUUUCUGAUUAAUCUCCUUCUCUCCCGUUUUGCUGUUUGCUCUGGGUUGUUGUUUUGGUGCUAAGCCGCAGGUUAAUGGCGGCGAGAAGAUCAUGGGUAGAGCAAAGUUCCAACAUCCCCUGCUAUCUGAACUCAACUCAACUCAACUCAACUCGACUCGAGGCAAGGAAACUCAACUCGAGGCAAGGAAAAAGAAAGGAAAACAGGCAUUAGCCGAUAUCGUGUUUAAGGUCAAACGAGGGACCUAAGACCGGGCGGAGAAGUCAGAAGGCUAGGUGGCGGUCCGCCGGGACGGGGUGGACUCGAGACUGGGGGCCGCGGCAGGCGCAGGCGCAGGCGGAGAGAAGGGCGCGGUGGACGGCCCUGAGGACGUUCUUCAGGACCUGGCCGCGCAUGGGGAUGUAGCGGGGGUGGCUAGUGGCCGUCAUGGCGCCAGUCGGCAAAACCUGCGGCUGCGUUCCGGGCACCACUUGCCUCCUCACACGCAGCAGCACGUCGGUGGACUUCCCUUUUUAAGCGUCGGUCGAGCUGGAGGAGCCCGGUGGAGGCCAGGGCUGCACACGCCCCGGACGCGAACUAGCGAAGUUGGUGAGAAGGGGGGCUGAGUCCGGCAGUCUGCUGGCUGACCGAUGAACGCGGUUCUACCCAUCACGCGGUAACAGGGCAGAAGACUCUCACAGACGCGGUCGCGCUCUCUCCCUGUCUCUCUCCCUCUGUCGCAGAGGGGCGUCGUUCACUUCACUUUCAUUCCUCUCUUCAGGUACUUCCAAUUUUAUAGUACUCCUACCUACAACACUAUUCAUUAUUUCCUUAUAA